AUGAUACUAUCCCAUUUGAUUUUUUCUGCUCUCGCUUGCGUCUUUCUCACCGCAAGUAGGGUAUCUGCGUGUGUCGACGAUGACGAACGGAUCGCGCAGUUGGCAGCUCAGCAGGGUCGGGAUGACAUUAGUGCUUGUGUCGACGUUCUUGGAGGGUGCAGCCUUCCGAAUCAAUUGGGCCAAGUCUUGAGGCAAGUCUGCUGCCAAACUUGCGCGGAUAACGAUGCCGGAAAUUCAGGAGUUGAAACCUCACUUCCUGGCACUGAAGAAACCAUCCAAGUAUACCUCUUGGGAGGACAAUCCGAAUGUGUGGGUCAGGCUGAAGCAACAGACUUGGAUGCAGAUUCUCAAGGAUACCCUGAACUACAAGGUGAUAUUCCUGGAGUUUGGUUUGCUGGCUAUGCUAGCCCCGCCUCAACAAGUCGCUUCUUUAUUGCUCCAAUGAACGCUGGAACAGACAGAAGUAUGUUUGGACCUGAGAUCUCCUUUGGUGAACGGAUAUAUGAUGUCACUGGCAAACGAACUUUGGUGAUGAAAUACUGCGUCGGUGGCACCAAUGUGUUUUCUCAAUGGAAUCCAGAACAACAAGACAACAUGUGGGAUACGAGUGCGGAUGACGGAACCGCUCAAUGGAUGGCAGAAAAUGCUGGUCUCAAUUUUAACUCCAAGAAUCAUCUAUUCAAGAAUAUGGUAUAUACCAUUCGAAGAACCAAGGAGGCCUUGACAAGUGGAGGUGUCCCUUACGAAUGGGCUGGUAUUGUAUGGGUCCAAGGUCAAAGCGACUUGGGGGCUGGUGAUUGGAAGUUCUUUGGAGAAAACACAGCUCGUGUCUGGAAUGGCUUUCGUCAGCACAUUGGGAGCAAUGAUGACGUCCCUAUCAUUGACACUGGUUCCACCACCCACAAUCAACUGAAGAGCGGAAAGGAAUAUGCCACUCAAAUAGUCAAGGGUUGCAAGGCCAAGAACGUCGAGUUUGCCCUGGCUUCCAACGAGGAUACUUCCAGCGACUGCAUACCAGGACCUGGUACUCUUUGCCCGGAUGCACCCAACUUGCAUCUGAAUUUGGGCCCAUUCUUAUACUAUGGUUAUGAUCCUGCCUUUCCGGAUGCUCAGAAGAAUUGUCAAGUCUGCGACGAGUUCCAUUGGUAUCGGAGGUAUCCCACAAAUCUUCACAGUGCCUACGAGGGAAUGAUUUUGAAGGGUCGCAUGUUGGCCAAUGCCUUUCUUCGAGAAUUUAGUAACAUUGACACCACCACCAUCAUAAUUGAAGAAGAUCCGGCAAUCCGCUUUCCCUGGAACCGGUGCCCUGACGGUACAUUACCUUCCGCUGGAAACUUUUGCUGGAUUGACUACCGUGACGGGAGUGUGAUGAAUGAGCCUUGCACCAAUGAUGGUAGUGGGAAUACUUCUAGUCCAGAUGAAUCAUCUUCUACUGUCGUAGAUUCAACAAUGAUGGGACAAGGACUUGGAAUGAUUUCGGUAACUGUCAUUGUACUUUUCUUUGUCAUCUAG